AUGAUGAACAUGAAUUUGUUGACGCAUUCACAACCGCAUCCUCAUCCUCAUCCUCAUCCUCCUUCGCAUCCGCAUCCCCACCUGCAGCAUCCGCAUCUUGGUCAGCAACAGCCGCCGCCGCCGCCUCCUCCGUUGCCUGUGGCUCUCCAAGGACAUCUCCAUUCGUCCAACCAUUACAUGGAGUGCCGGGCAUUGCCGGCAAUCAACGAGACAUUUCCGCAAUUUGGACAGCAUCGUCCGACAAUUGCGCUGCUGUCGCCGCUGGAUCUGUCGCUCCGGGCAGCGGCCAGUGUGGUGCCCAUAACGCCGCCAUCGACACCCUCGCCGCCCCGCAAGCGUCAAAGAUUAAUGUCCGAGGAGAAUUACCUGUGGCGGCCGCAUAUUGCAGGUCCUGCAGCAGGAGCAGCAGUAGCAGCAGGUCCUUCAGCCUCAUCAGUUCCACCAGCUGCUGCCUUGGCCUUGCCACCGAACAGCAGCUACUUCCUUCAUCAGCAACAGGAGCCGCCGCAUCCCCAGCAUCAUCAGACCUACUCCUUGCGCAACUUCGAGGGGGCCGUCGCCUUUAAUAAAAGCCACGAGACGAAAAAUAGCUUUGAGCAAAUUCCAACAAGUCAAUCGAGCGUGUCCAGGCGUCCCUCGCCCAUUUAUGUGGACGACGAGACAAUCGUGUUGACCGAGGACGAGGAUGAAACAGUUGUCAGUUCCCAUGACUACAAUGAUUAUGCCGCCACCGAGGACACUGAGGAAAUCAACGAGGGCGACGAUGAGACGCUUCAGGUUCGGGUCAGUGGGGAUAAUGACGAGGACGAUGACGAGGAUGAGGAGGAGGUCUUUGUGGAUGUCCUGGGCAGCGAUGAUGAUGAGGGGGAUGGUGAUGCCGAAAAUGAAAUGUUGGUCCAGCCUCAGCUUGUGGAGACGCGAGCCCUGAAGCGUAAUGAGUUGCUGUACGAGGAUGAGGAGCUGCAUCACAAGGCCAUAGAUGGCCUGGCCAGGCUCUUUGACCGGGAGUUUCCAGAGCCCGAAGUGGAGAUCACUCAGAUGUCCGAUGUGCAGAGCAAUGGAGAGAAAACCUAUACGGAUUUAAGCGGCAGCAUUGCUACAGCGGAGGCACAUGCUCCAGCUUUAGUUGCUUCUCUUCCUGCAUCUCAUCCUCCUCCUGCUCCUCUGCCGCCGCCGCCGCCACCACCGCCGGCGCAUCCACCAAGACCUCAGAAAGCCGAACGAAAGCGUUCCAAGUUAAGAAAACACAUGGCCAUUGAUGAGGAGACCAUCAGUCCUGUGUCUGGAACCAUAAUCCGUAAGUUGCGCGACGAUGAGGAGCUGGUGGUGCGCAAAGGUGACAUUGAUCCGGCUUUCAAUGUGGUGGAAAUCACCGAGGAGGCCAAGGCCAUUCUGGCCAGCAUUGAUAACAAGAUUGGUGACUAUCUCUGCCAGUUGUGCCGCACUGUCUACGAUGAUGCCUUUAUGCUGGCCCAGCAUCGUUGUCCCCGCAUCGUUCACAUCGAGUACAAGUGUUCCGAGUGCGAAAAGGUCUUUAAUUGUCCUGCAAAUCUGGCCUCCCAUCGGCGUUGGCACAAGCCCAAGGCAGAUGGUAUUGGAAGUGCAGCCGGCGGUAAUCCCGGCAAGAAGCGGCUUGUGGAGACAAGUGACAUUAUCCCGGAUUCGGUUAGAGGUGGUGAUGAUAACAACGAUGGCAUAUAUCCCUGUCACAUUUGCGGCAAAUCUUUUAGACGCCAGGCUUAUCUGAAGAAGCAUCAGGCCUCCCACCAGAUGCUGGAGAACCUCAAGAACCUGGACUUUUUCAAGGCCCAGCAGCACCAGCAGCAUCAGCAGCAGUUGGGCCUUGGCAGUGGUCACCAGCUGCCGGAUCAUGUCCAGCUGCCACAGCCGACGGUGCCGGUAGCCUCCAGCUCAGCUGCUCCUUAUGCCACCAAUUUGACACGCCCGCCCACCCAUGGACUGCCACUCUAUCCACCGGUUGCUCCUGGCAAAAACUAUGCGCCGGGUCAAAGGUUCCCUGGCUUCCCCUUCCAACCCUUCGACCAGCGACGCUUCUAUUCCCUGGGUGAGUUCUAUCUGUCGCAGCAUUUGGAGCGCUCCUCGGCCUUCCAGUAUGUCCAGGCCAAUCAUCUCCGCCAGUUGUCCAAUGUGGCCCAGACUUUGAUGCCUCCGCUGCCAGUUAAAUGA